AAUGUUUCUGUUGGUAGAGAGAAACAAUAAGCGGGAAAGUUAGCCGUUAUAACCAACAAUACAAUUGAAUAUGAUACGACGUAGUUUGCUGAGCGAAUGCACGUUUUGUAUUAGAGUUGAUCGGUCGUUUACUAGCAUAAUCGUGUAUUGUAAUAUAUUAUAAUUCGGAAAAUUUGUGCUUUGUUGAAAGAAGAGAUUAUUCUUUAAUUUGCUUUUCUAUAAAUUAUAAUAUAUGUUAAGAGAAUAAACAUGAUUCCUUUAACAGAAGGAUCAUUAGAUAAAAUUAUGGCAGGCAUUGAUGUCGAAAAACCAAUUUUACAAAUAUUGGGCCAUAAAAAGUUAGCAAGUUCCAGUAGUGGAGAUCGUUAUAGAUUAUUAGUUUCUGAUGGCAAGAGAGUAAAUUCAUUUACAAUGUUAGCUACACAAUUAAAUUCAAUGAUUACAGAUAAUAUUUUGACUGAAUUUUCAAUAUGCCAAGUUAAUAGAUAUGCUGUAAGUACUGUCAAUAAUGGUGGAAAACAAAAACGUGUGAUGGUGAUAUUGAGUCUUGAUUUAAAAGUAUCUGGUGAAGAAGUUGGUUCUAAAAUAGGAAAUCCUACAAAUAUCGAUAGCAAUGCAAAUACAGAAGUUGAACCAAAAAAACCACAACCUAUACAAACUCAUAGUGCUGUUACUAUCCAAAAAAAUACUACAAAUCAUUCAUCUUCUGAUAUAUGUACAACUCCUAUUGUUGGAUUAAGUCCAUAUCAAAAUAAAUGGGUUAUCAAAGCAAGAAUUACAAAUAAAUCUAAUAUUAUUACAUGGUCUAAUUCUCGGGGUGAAGGGAAGUUAUUUUCUAUGGAUUUAGUUGAUGAAAGUGGUGAGAUAAGAUGUACAGCAUUUAAAGAUCAGUGUGAUAAAUUUUAUGAUAUGAUAGAGGUUGGGAAAAUUUAUUACAUUUCACGAUGUAGUUUAAAACCAGCAAAUAAAAAUUACAAUACUUUGAAGAAUGAUUAUGAAAUGAGUUUGACUCAAGAUACAGAAAUUAUUCCAUGUCACGAUGAUGUAGAUGCUAUUCCAAUGAUUCAAUUCAAUUUUGUACCAAUAAAUGCUAUAGAAAAUAAAGAAAAGAAUGAUAUUAUAGAUGUUUUGGGAAUCGCAAAAUCUUGUGAAGAAAUACAAAUACUGAGAGCACGAACCACAGGCAGGGAACUUAAAAAGAGAGAAGUUAUGUUGGUAGAUGAAAGUAAUACCAUGAUAUCUUUGAGUUUAUGGGGUGCAGAUGCAGAAAAGUUUGAUGGAAGUAAUAAUCCUAUUGUGGCUAUUAGAAACGCACGUAUUGGUGAAUUUAAUGGUGGAAAAAAUCUUUCCUGUAUAAUGUCUUCUGUUUUUCAAGUAGAUCCUGAUAUACCAGAAGCACACAAAUUACGUGGGUGGUAUAAUACUAUAGGAAUGUCUGAUCAGGCUAAAAGUUUAUCUACGAGUAAUGCACGUGGAGGUGGGAUGAAUGGAACAUGGUUAACUAUAAAAGAAGCACAAAAUAUAACAAACUCCAGUGAUAGUGGCUUCAAUAUCUUCAUUUCAAAACUUACUGUUAAUUUGGUUAGAGCCGAAAAUGUUGUUUAUAAAUCAUGUCCGACUGAUGGCUGUAACAAGAAAAUGAUAGAUCAAGCUAAUGGAAUGUACAGAUGUGAAAAAUGUAACAAAGAAUACCCGAGUUUUAAGUACCGUCUUCUUGCGAAUGUCAAUUUUGGAGAUUGGCAAAAUAAUCAAUGGGUAACAGCCUUCAAUGACGAAGCUGAAAAAUUAUUAAAUAUAACAGCACAAGAAUUGGGAGAAUUACAAGAGAAUAAUAAAGAUGCAUACAUGGACAAAUUUUCUGAAGUUGCAUUUCAAAGUUUCAUUGUGAAACUACGUAUGAAAAUAGAAACAUUCAAUGACGAAACAAGAUUAAAGGCAAGCUGUUUAUCGAUAUCACCGGUUGAUUACAAAGUAUACAAUGAUAUCUUGUUAACAAAAAUUAAAGAUAUCGUUGGAAUUGAAAAGCUUUAAAUUAUCAUAUAUGUUAAUUUGUUAUAAUGUAUUGCUAUAUACCUAUAUGAUCUUUAUUUAAGUUAAUUAUUAGAUACCUAUAUUUCUUACAUUUUGCACAUUUAUUUUCUCUUUUUUUUUCCUUUUUUUUUUUAUAUAAGAAAAUAUUAUAAGUCUAUAUUUGUAUUCAAAUAAAAUUUAUCAAAUGAAGAUCACAUAUUUAAUAAUACUUUUUGUCAUAUAAUAUGUGUAGACAUUAUAUAUUAACCAUUAUACUAUAAAAUAAUAUGUAAAUCUAUUUAUGCACG